ACUAGGGGCUAAAGUUUCGGGACAUGCUUGUGCAACGGGAAAAUGGUUGAUCACAUAUGAAGGCUGGCUAAAUGUUUUAAACUAGAGAGAGAUGUAGCCUGUGCUGUGUAUUAGUGAUUUCUGAAGUCGGAAAAAAUGCAGUUUGACUGGCAUGACACUGUCAGCUGUUCGAAGCUUCGACGGGAGAUCACGUGUUUUUUGCCCAUUUGAAUCCACUCCCGACACGUUUGUACCGGUACCCAUUUCUAUAUUAGACAUCUGCUUCACAUUCUCUGCCAUUGCUUUAAAAGGUCGAUACCGCUUCGUAAGCACGGCUUCGAGCGUAACGUCACUACUUCCGGUUGCCUGUCAACAGCAAGAAACAUGGCUGAAACACACGAGGUAACUCUUAUCGGAGUUUGUGAUGGGGCAAUUGGCGAUGGAAAGAGAUAUCCCUUAUUAUAUUUGACCAACAAGGUCGGCGGUCUACCGGACGUACUUCCAGUAAUAUCCUGGCAAUACCCCAGCUGUGUUCUUUGCAAUGGUAUUCUUGCACAUGUGGUGCAAGUGUACUGUCCAUUGGAGGCGUCUCUCUAUCACAGAACUCUGCAUUUGUUGGCUUGCCCAAAUCCUCAGUGCAGUUCGAAGUCGGAGAGCUGGAAGGUACUGCGUUCUCAAUGUCUCGAGUCAGAGAUCAAACCAAGUCCAGAGCUUUCUCCGUCUCCCCACAGCCCUGGCACGGAAGCUCCCAUCGCUGCCACUGACUGGUGCGAUGGCGCUGACGACUGGGGAAUGGAAGAUGAAGAAGAAUCAGCAUGUUUAAGUGACACAACCCAAACUCAGGUGAAGACGACCGAGGAAAACCUGGAGCCGGUGAUGCGCACCGCAGAGCUGGAUGUGAGUGGCAGACUUCGGGACCUCUGUCUUGGUGAGAGGGAGGCGAUUCAGCUGGAUAUCCCCACCUUUAGUCCAUUCUAUGUCAGCGUAGUGGAGGAGACGGACCUGGUGGAACCGGCCGACCUACAUCACGCUCAGAAUCUGUUAAAGGAAUAUGAGCGAAGAGAAGGUGUAGCUGUUGCCGAGCUGGGCACCUGUGACGGAGGCGGAGAUGAAAAGUACGAGAAGACCCGGGCCAGACAUGGAGAUGCGGUCUUCUCCAGAUUCAUGAAGAAGAUCUCCUUGUGUCCUGAGCAGAUCUUGCGGUACUGCUGGAACGGGUCGCCUCUUUAUAUCUCAGAACCUCCUUCGAAAAUGGCACAGAUGGUGCCGGUGUGCGCUCGCUGUGGCUGCUCUAGGACCUUUGAGCUACAACUGAUGCCUGCGUUGGUCAGUUUACUGCGGAGUAAAGAUUGUAGGUCGGAGAUGGCGGUGGAGUUUGGGUCAGUACUGGUGUACACCUGUAGGAACAGCUGUUGGACAUUGGGCUCAACCUCACCUGUAGAAGAGCUUAUUUUCAUCCAACAAGACCCAGACCAAAAACUCUUUAAAUGACUACUCGAUUACAUUGUAUAGCAAUGUUACUGUUUGUGACAACUAAAAAUUGAAUGUCAGUGGUAACUUUACAAAUAAAGGAUGUAUUGACAAACACGUUUUUCAUAGUUUUGUCUCUUGCAAGAAUUU